UGGCAUCCGCCAUUUUGGUAAUGUGGCUUGAAGUUGUGUAGUUCUAGGAGGAAUAAAUAUUCAUGAAAUUCCGUAAUCCGGAAAGGAAACCAUAGUGCAGUAUCUUUCUUCAGAUGUCAGUUGAUCCCAGUGAAAUUGUCCAGGCCAGCUCCUCAAUAUACGAAGCAACUCCAGGGAGUAUCCCCACCACAUACAUCCCAACGACUACAGCUGGCAGUGUUGGUUUCAUGGUGAUGUCAUACCCGGGGAGACCACCCAUGGUUCCCGGGAUUCCUGCAAUGCCACCUACAAUGGCAAUGCCAUACAUGCAGCUUGGAGCUCCGCCUCCACUGAUGCAGGCUGUGAUGCCUAUGCCGCCGCAUAUGAUACCUGGUCCCCCAAUGCCCCCGCUGCCAGGGCCCCCAAUGCGCCCAUAUAGGCCACAUCCCCAUCAUCCACCACAUCAUGGAAAUUCAGGAGCAAUACGCGCCAACUCAUACAGUAAGAGACAACAUGAGCCAUCAGGACCACCUGUCACAGUUUUUGUAGGGAAUAUUACUGAACGAGCACCAGAUGCAAUGAUAAGACACAUCCUGGCUGCUUGUGGCCAUGUUGUCUCAUGGAAGCGAGUGCAAGCCUUCGGGUUUUGUGAGUUUGGCUGUCCAGAUUCUGGUCUGCGCGCUAUUCGGCUCCUGCAUGACAUGGACUUAGGAGGAAAGAAGUUAGUGGUGAAGGUGGAUGCAAAGACAAAGACUGUGUUGGAUGAAUACAAAGCUGACCGCCGGCGGAAGCUACGAGGGCGAUCGCCCCUCCAGGAUGAGACUCCAGAUGAAGAUGACUAUAUGGAUGAAGCAAUGAAACACACUGACAAAGUCGCCAUGGAACGCAUUGUGGCGACCAUGGAGGAUUAUGAGUCUGACAUGAAUAACUACUCUGGUCCGCUUGGCAAGGGAGAUCGAAGCAGAUCAGAGAGCAAGGACCGCAAAAUGUCCAAAACUCAGGAGAAACUGCUCAAGCUCAGUCAGGGCCAGGGCCAAAGUAAUGAUGUCCCUCAAGAUGCAGGACUGAUGCUGGAUGAUGUAGACAUUGAAGAAGGAAAACGUGACUUAAUCACACGGGAGAUCGGAAAAUUUCGAGAGAUCAUGAAGAAGCAGGAGGAGGAGAAAGAGGUAGAAAGACGGCGAAGAGAGCUCGAAGAGCGGGAGUCUCGUGAGCGAGCAGCUGCAUCUGGUCGUGAUAGAGAUCGGGACAGAGGGCGGGAUAGAGACCAUAGGGCACGCACUCGUACACCACCUACAUCCCAUAGCCCCUCGCCACGUUCACGGUCAAGGUCACGCAGCAGGGAACUUAGCCGCAGUGCAUCACCUGGAAGCAGUUCAUAUUCUAACAAGAUACGAUCAAAGGGCAGAGACCGUGCAAGAAGAUCACAUUCCAGGGAUAGAGAGAGAGAGCGUGAGAGGGAAAGGGAACGAGAACGAGAGAGAGAAAGGGAGCGAGAACGUGAGAGAGAAGACCAGAAGAAAACGGAACGUGAGAUGCUGAGGGAAAGAGAAGAGGAGGAAGAAGCAAAGGAAAGAAAGAAACAAGACCGCAGAGCCCGUGUGAAGGAAGCCGCCUACCAGGAGCGACUGCGAGACUGGGAGGCAAGGGAACGUCGCAAGGCAAAGGAACAUGAGAAGGAGAAAGAACGAGAAAGAUUAAAAGAAGAGGAUCGGGAGCGAGAAGCCAAAAGACUCAAAGAGUUUUUGGAGGAUUAUGAUGAUGAACGUGACGAUGCAAAAUACUAUAAGGGGCGUGAACUGCAGAGAAGGCUGGCAGAAAGAGAGAAAGAGAUUGAACAAGAUGGACGUGACCGUCAGAGAGAGAAAGAGGAGUUGGAGGAGCUGAAAACUAAAAUUUUCUCAGAGGAGCAUGAUGAUCCAAGUGCAGAAUUUGAGCGAAUGAAACAAGAAAGGGAAGAGCAGUAUAAGCCAAAGAUCCUUAUUGAUGUGAAACUGGAACAUAGCCGUCAACGAGAACGUGAAAGAGAGAGGGAGCGUGAACGAGAACGUGAGCGGCAGAAUAAGGAAGAGGAAGAGGAAUUGGAGCGUCAGGCAGCUGAGUUUGAGCAACAGGCAGCAGCCAUGAUCUCAUCCCCACCGCCACCUGAACCAACGGAGAGCACACAGGAGAGUGAUGAUGACAGGGGUGCAGAUCAGUUCACCAGCCCCGUGGCCACUCACGACCAUCCUCUUGGUGCAGAAGAGGAGAGUCAGACUUCCGUUGUAUCGAGUGGUGGUGAGGAAAAAGCAGUGAUAAAGAUUUGGAACUCGCCUGUACAACAACAGCAGCAACAACAACCAAGCACACCUGGUCCAACAACAGCAGCCCCACCACCUGGAAAGCAGAAGAAAAAGUUGGAUUUGAAGGAGGUUUUCAAUACGGAUGAUGAUGAUGACAGCAAUCUUGGUUCUGGCAAGAAAAGAAAGCUUGUUCCUCUAGAUUAUGGUGAAGAAAAGAAGAAGAAAGAGGAGAAGAAGGAAGAGGUAACAAAAUCUCAGGAGGAGAAGAGAAAACACAUCAAAACACUCAUAGAGAAAAUUCCAACAGAGAAAGCUGCUCUCUUUGCCUUCCAGUUGGACUGGGCUGCUGUAGACAAUCAACUAAUGGAGAGGCGCAUACGACCAUGGAUUAAUAAAAAAAUCAUAGAGUACAUUGGCGAGCCAGAACCUACCUUAGUCGACUUCAUCUGUUCUAAGGUUCUAGCAGGAAGUGCACCACAAGGUAUACUGGAUGAUGUGCAGAUGGUUCUAGACGAGGAGGCAGAGGUGUUUGUUGUGAAGAUGUGGAGGUUACUAAUCUAUGAAAUAGAAGCAAAGAAGUUGGGUUUAAUGAAGUGAAAAUAGGCGGCCACAAUUUAUGAAACUUGUGAUACAUCACUACCAGCCACUCACAAAUUUUGUAUAGUAGGUGCAGUUACACUUAAACAUGCACAUUACUAUAAUUUCAAGUUACUCUUGUUAGGCAUGGAAGUGUUGUUUUAAGUGUCCGUAAGUGCAUCUACAUCAUGCACGUUCUGCAGGGAUGUUCUUCCGGGACCUGUACAAUGUAGCUCUGAGAUGGUGGACUGUGUAAUUUCACUGGUAUCAAGAAUUUUAAUCUCAGCUUGCUGCUACAGGGUCUUUCAACAUGUGAAUUGUAACUGGUUGCCAUAUAUAAGUAAAGGAGUUAACUUCUGAAAUGUAGUGGGAUUUUAUUUUUGUAAAUAAGCUCUGUUUCAACAGUGUGCUUUCACUGAAGAAAAUAAACUAAAAGACAUAUUUUUUUUUAUUAGGAGCGUUUGGAAGGGAGUGUACGGUAAUGAUUAUCUUGUUGUAGUGUCAGUAAAUUACUGUAGUUUGUAUGUUUCCUUUGGAAAAUGACUCUUUCUUUGUACUUGUUUUAGUGAAUUCCAAUGUCAUAUUUACUUCCUGGAAGGGAGCUGUGUUGCAGCAGCUAUGUAUCCAUUCUAUAAAUACUGUAUAGUAAUACAACACUGAUACUGUGA